AAAUAAAAAUGUUUAGAACUCUGUGCAAAGUAGCCCGGGAUUUUUCCUAUCCUAAGAGUAAAUAUCCCAAAAAUCUGUUCAUAAAAUCGAAUUCAACAUAUGCAAAUGCCAUCAAACGACAAUCGCAGAAAAAAGAACCGGUGGAAGUUGUAAAAUGGGUUUUAUUGGUUAUACCAGUAAGUUCGUUUGGGCUGGGCUGCUGGCAAGUAUACCGUCUGCAAUGGAAACUAGAGCUUAUAGAUAUUCUUCAAGCGAAAUCAAAUUCUACUCCAGUCCCAAUGCCAACUGACUUCUCAGCACUAGAAAAGAUGGAGUAUAUGCCAGUUAAAGUGAAAGGGGAAUUUCUUCAUGACAAGGAGAUUCUUAUAGGACCCCGAGCACUUAUUGAUAAUGAACACCAGAGAUUUGGAUCCCUGGUGUCUGACCCCAAGAAAAACCAAGGAUGGCUUGUUGUUACUCCAUUUAAAUUAUCUGAUACAGGUGAGGUGAUCCUAGUCAAUCGUGGUUGGGUACAUCAAAGCAAGCGGCCCAAGGAUAAACGGGAACCAUCCAUGAUUAAAGGUGAAGUGGAGUUAACCGGUGUUGUAAGGCUCACUGAGAAGAGAGCUCCAUUUAUGCCAAAGAACAACCCUGAAAAAGGUUCUUGGUUUUCUAGGGACUUGGAUGCGAUGAGUGAAUAUUUAGGCUGUGCCCCAGUAUGGCUGGACGCAAGGGGCAUCCCAGACCCUCUUGAAGGCUGGCCAAUACCUAACCAAACUCGAGUCACUUUAAGGAAUGAGCAUAUGUCUUAUAUUGUUACUUGGUAUUUACUGUCAGCUUUCACAGCUGUUAUGUGGCACAGAUUUUGUAUACGGAAAUUACCACUGAUGUAAAAUUUCAAUUUGUA